AUGGCCACCAGUCUCGGGGUGUUUAUCGGGCUGAACCGCCAGACCCAGGUGUUUGCGUACGGCCAGGGGACGCUUGCCUACGCCGCGGGCACCACCGUGGCUCUCUGGGAUCCGCUAUCGUCGCAGGGAGUCACCACGACCUUGAAGCGCCACACCGCCCCUGUCACCGCCGUCGCCUUUAUCGGCAACACCAUGGUGUCGGCGGGCGAAGACAACCAAGUGGUGCUUUGGCAAGACCACAAAGUGGCCAAAAUUGUUGACAUCCACCGCAAAUCGGUGACGGUGCUCGCGGUGGCCGAAGACCACCUGUUUUUCAUCCUGGGGGCCACCGACAAGCAAAUGGCAGUGAUCUCUCCACAAGGCGACGUGCUCCAGGUGAUUGAGCUUCCGUUUUACCCGUUGGCCAUCGCCAUCACCAAAGUCUCCGCCGAUAACUACGUCAUUGCUGUCGGCGGCACUAAGCACAACAUCUACAUCUAUGGGGGCGCCGUGGGUUCAUUCGCCCAAUUGCAGCAGUUACCAGGACACGAAGACUGGGUCAAGUGUCUCAGUUUCCGCUCCAGUGGCCCUGAAGAAUGGGUAUUGGCACUGGGGUCCCAGGACCGUUACAUCCGGUUGUGGCGCCUCCAGGUGGGCAACGCCGUCGCUGCUGAUGACGACUCCCAGUUGGUGCUUUUGCUGAAUAAGCAACACAAGUUCACCCUUGGUUCUGGCCUCGACGCCGCGUUUACCUUUGACGCCCUCUUAGUGGGACACGACGACUGGAUCUCGGGGUUGCAGUGGCACCCGACGCGUCCCGAGCUUUUAUCGGCUUCGGCUGAUACUGCGCUCAUGGUGUGGGCGCUGGACGCCGAGCUGGGCAUCUGGGUGCCGCGCCACCGUAUGGGCGAACUUUCGAUUAAAGGAGCCCUGACGGCGACGGGGCUGUCAGGGGGUUUUUGGGGAUGUCUUUGGCUUAAUGACGCUCAAGGAGAACGAGUAUUGACCAGUGGUAAGACGGGGUCGCUCCGCAUGUACCAAAUGUUGGGGGACUCCGAUACGUUUGUGCCGGCGCCGGGAGUAUCGGGAGCCAUUCGCGAAGUCACCAGCGUCAAGUGGUCUCCUCAGGGCGACUUUGUUUACGCCACUUCUUUAGACCAAACCACCCGGUUAUACGCCUCCAGUAACGGGCGCUACCGUGAGUUUGGCCGCCCGCAAAUCCACGGCUACGACAUGGUCUGCCUCGAUAACUUACUGGCCGACGGCGCCACUUUCGUCAGUGGUGGCGACGAAAAAGUGCUCCGGGUGUUCAAAAUGACCCUGCUGAUGGCGAAAAUGCUCCACAACCAGUGCGGUAUUGACGGACUUAGCGCCGACUUACCCACCACUGCCGCGGUCCCCGUGCUUGGUUUAUCUAAUAAAGCCGAGACCAAAGCUCCCUCCGCUGAAGCUGAAGCUGAUGACACCAAUGAAACCCAGGAAGACGUGUUGGCAACACUCGAACACCCGCCGCUCGAAGAUAUCCUUCAAAAGUAUACGUUAUUUCCCGAGCUUGAAAAGCUUUACGGGCAUGGGUACGAGAUCUCGUGCGUUGCCGUCCACCCCAGCUACCUGCUCAUUGCCAGCGCCUGUAAGAGCAACCUGCUCAAACAUGCCGCCAUCCGGUUGUUCCUGGGCGCCCCUGACUACCAGUUGGUGCCCACUCCGCUUAGUGGCCAUACGUUAACGGUGACGUCGUUGGCCUGGAACCCACUGGGCACCCACUUGCUUGCAACGCUGAGAGACCGGCUGUUCUCGCUUUGGAAGCUCAUCGACGCUGCCACCGCCCAGUUUGAGCUUGUGCUCCACAACCAAAAAGCUCACACCAGAAUUAUCUGGGAUGGCGCCUGGAUCGACGACACCCGUUUCCUCACCUGUCUGAGAGAUAAGCUGGUGAAAAUGUGGUCGGUAAACCUGCCGGAGACUGCGGUUUCAUCGCAGUCAUUCGCUGCCCCCGUCACUGCUAUCGACACCUGGCAACUGACCCAUUUCGUCGCUGGGCUCGAACUGGGGGACAUCAGUGUCGGUACUGUUAACGACAGCGCUCUCCAGGUGACCACCGAGAUCGCCGAUAGUGAUACCCCCGCGGGGAGAGUGAACCUGGUGGCGUUUGCCCCGACGCCGGCGGCAAUGGUGGUGGCUGCCGGCAGUGCCGACCAUUCGGUUCGUGUGUGGCGCCUCUGA